UCAGUGCUCUCCAUACCGGUGUACUGUGGAUUUAUAUCAUUACAAGUAUUAUUUGGGGACAAGGAUGGAACCACGGGCAACUGCACUAUGACCAAAACAAUGUCUUUGCUAAUGGUUCUACAACUUGCUGGAGAAUUGAACAGAAAAAACAUGCCAAGGUACAAGCUCAACAGUGGAUUGAAUAUAAAAUAGCAUUCCACAACAUAGAAGAAAUGGCAGCAGUACAACAUACAUGGCUGACAUGAACGAAAGAAACAAUGCUAUCCUGAUGUAGAAGCCAUCUUGAUCAAGGCAGCCAUGGGUGAAAAUGUUAGUUUUUGGGAAAGCCUUGUGACCGGACAUCCUGUGUGCCCUGAAUGGAAGGAAGAGGCUGAGGGAUCCAUUUACCAUCUGGCCAGUGUUCUGUUUGUGUUGGGUUGUAUGGGCGGAAGUGGCUUCUUUGGGCUUCUAUAUGUGUACGCCUUCUUUGCUUUGAGUUUUCUAUGUACCUGUAUAUGGGCCUGGCUGGAUGUCUGUGCUGCGGAUGUCUUCUCCUGGGACUUCAUCCUUCUCGUGAUCUGUAUUGUGCAGAUCAUUCACCUUGCCUACCAGCUGAGAAGUGUAACUUUUGACAAAGAAUUCCAAGAUGUGUACAAUUCAGUCUUUCAGCCCCUGGGGAUCUCACAAACUUUAUUCCGGAAGAUCAUUUCAUACUGUAGUGCAGAAGUGGUCACACUGGAAAGGGAGCAUUGUUAUGCAGUUCAAGGCAAAACUCCCAUCGAUAAACUUUCUAUGCUUGUGUCUGGAAGGAUACGUGUGACAGUUGAUGGCGAGUUUCUUCAUUACAUCUUUCCACUUCAGUUUUUGGAUUCACCAGAAUGGGAUUCACUCAGACCCUCUGAAGAAGGGCUUUUUCAGGUAACUCUAACUGCAGAAACAAAGUGCCGAUAUAUUACCUGGAGGAGGAAAAAACUGUAUUUAUUAUUUGCCAAGCACCGCUUCAUCUCAAGACUCUUUUCAGUGUUGAUUAGGGGAGACAUUGCAGAUAAACUGUAUGCAUUAAAUGAAAAGGUGUUUGUGGACAGUGGGUUUCGAUUUGACAUCCGAUUACCCAAUUAUUAUCACAUGGCCUUACCAGCGCAAUCAAAUAAGCCCAAGGUCCCUAAUCGUGUUCGGGACUUCUCCUCGAGGAGGAAAGCAGCCAAACGACCAUAAGUAGCUCUACCACUUUCUGACUGGCAUCCCAAGAUGAACUGUGAAUCGUGGUCAAGACGUCUCAGCCAUUUCAAGUGCCACUAACUGCAUUCAUAAUGAGCAGUUCUCAUUCGU